AGGAGCUCCGGGCUGUCCCAGACGUCAGAGGUGCAGGAUACCUUGAGAAAAUGGCUGAGUAUCUGAGGCUGCCUCACUCCCUGGCGCUGAUACGCCUCCGCAACCCUCCGGUCAAUGCCAUCAGCCCAGCUGUUCUCAGCGGAAUAAGAGAGGGCCUUCAGAAAGCCGGGUCAGACUACACGAUUAAAGCCAUAGUGAUCUGUGGAGCAAAUGGCAGCUUCUGUGCAGGUGCUGAUAUUCACAGCUUCAGCUCUCCAUCUCCUGGCCUCCGACUGGGGGAGGUGGUGGACGAAAUGCAGAGAUGCAAGAAGCCGGUGGUGGCUGCUAUCCAAGGGGUAGCUCUUGGAGGGGGACUGGAGCUGGCGUUGGGCUGUCACUAUCGGAUUGCCAAUGCUCAGGCUCGUGUUGGCUUUCCAGAGGUCACGCUGGGGAUUCUUCCUGGUGCCAGAGGGACCCAGCUUCUCCCCAGACUUAUUGGGGUCCCUAUUGCCCUCGACUUAAUUACCUCAGGAAGACAUAUUUUAGCAGGUGAAGCACUCAAGUUUGGUAUCCUGGAUGCAGUUGUGACAUCAGACCCAGUUGAAGAAGCUGUCAGAUUUGCCCAGAAGAUUAUGGAUAAACCUCUAGAACCCCGCAGACUCUUCAAUAAGCCAGUUCCAAGCUUGCCCAACAUGGACAGUAUUUUUGCAGAAGCCAUCGCCAAGGUACGAAAGCAGUUCCCGGGCCGGCUGGCUCCAGAGACUUGUGUCCGCUCAGUCCAGGCCUCUGUGAAGCAUCCCUAUGAAGUGGGCAUUAAGGAAGAAGAAAAGCUGUUUAUGUACCUUCGGGCAUCAGGACAAGCUAGAGCCCUGCAGUAUGCCUUUUUUGCUGAAAAGUCUACAAAUAAGUGGUCAACUCCCUCUGGAGCAUCUUGGAAAACAGCAUCUGCUCAACCAGUCUCCUCAGUUGGUGUUCUUGGUUUGGGGACAAUGGGGCGAGGCAUUGCCAUUACUUUUGUAAGGGCUGGGAUCCCCGUGGUUGCUGUAGAGUCGGACCUGAAACAGUUGGAUGUUGCAAGGAAGAUGAUUACUGCCAUCUUGGAAAAGGAAGCAUCCAAAAUGCAGCCGAGUGGCCACGCUUUGGCAGGACCCAAGCUUAGGUUCUCCUCAUCCACAAAAGAGCUGUCAAGUGUGGAUCUAGUGGUUGAGGCUGUGUUUGAAGAUAUGAAUCUGAAGAAACAGGUCUUUGCUGAACUGUCAGCCCUGUGCAAGCCAGGAGCCUUUCUGUGCACCAAUACUUCAGCCCUGAACGUGGAUGAGAUUGCCUCUGCCACAGACCGCCCUCAGCUGGUGAUUGGCACCCACUUUUUCUCACCAGCUCAUGUCAUGAAGUUGCUAGAGGUUAUUCCAAGCCGAUACUCUUCCCCUGCUACCAUUGCCACUGUUAUGAACUUAUCAAAAAAGAUUGGAAAGAUCGGGGUCGUUGUAGGCAACUGCCAUGGAUUUGUUGGGAAUCGAAUGCUGAUUCCCUAUUACAAUCAGGCAUACUUCCUGUUAGAGGAAGGCAGUAAACCAGAGCAUAUAGAUGGGGUCUUAGAAGAGUUUGGUUUUAGAAUGGGACCCUUUAGAGUGUCUGACCUGGCAGGGCUAGAUGUGGGUUGGAAAAUUCGUAAAGGUCAAGGCCUUACUGGACCUUCAUUGCCACCAGGAACGCCUGCCCGUAAGCGAGGUAAUAACAGAUACUCCCCACUUUCUGAUCUGCUCUGUGAGUAUGGGCGAUUUGGUCAGAAAACAGGUAAGGGUUGGUACCAAUAUGACAAACCAUUGGGUCGGGUUUACAAACCUGAUCCCUGGCUUUCCACAUUCCUGUCACAGUAUAGAGCAACCCAUCACAUUGAGCAGCACUCCAUCAGCAAGGAGGAGAUCCUGGAGCGUUGCUUGUAUGCCCUUAUCAAUGAGGCAUUCCGCAUCUUAGAGGAGGGGAUGGCUGCCAGCCCAGAGCACAUCGAUGUCAUUUACUUGCAUGGGUAUGGGUGGCCAAGGCACGUGGGUGGGCCCAUGUUCUAUGCUGCCUCAGUUGGCUUGCCUACAAUUCUAGAGAAAUUGCAGAAAUAUUACAAACAAAACCCUGACAUCCCACAACUGGAGCCUAGUGACUACCUGAGAAAGCUGGUUGCACAGGGAAACCCUCCUUUGAAAGAAUGGCAAAGCUUGGCAGGACCCCACUUCAGUAAACUGUGAUUUAGCCUUUUGCAUUUUGCCACCCAUAUUGGUAUCUAAUUUCAUUGUGAUUCGCUCCUAAAAUCCAAAGAGAUUAAUUUGAGGAACAAAUGAUGAUGAUAACAGUCUGCAAAAGCUUUUCUCUAUAUUUCUACCUCAUGCUGCAUUGGUGAGAUUUUAGGAAUGUGUUUGUUUUCUAUACCUCUGAAUGUACUUCUAUCAGAAAAGUUCAGUGAAUAUGUACAUACUACUAAAACAGUUCCAAUUUGGCUUUUUGGCUUGUAUAACAAAAAUUUGUACAAAAUGUUGAUAGUAGAAUUAUUCAUAAUAACCCCAAAUUGACAACCCAGAUUGCCCUAGCAGAUCAACAAAAAGUGGCAUAUAAAUGCAGUUGACAAUUUCCAGCCAUGUGAAAUAAUUGACACAUGUUAUAACAUGAUGCUGAGUGACAGGAGGCAGGCAGAAAAGGCCACAUGUCAUUUGGAUAUGGAUAUGAAAUUACAGAAUAUACAGCUUUAUGGACAGAUGGUAGAUGAGUGAUCCAAGACUGUAAUUGUUAGAAGUUAAAAUUACUGCUGAUGGAUAUACAAUAUCUUUGGGGGUCCAUAUUUUUUUCUAAAAUUACUUUAGUGGUGAUUCUGUAGUGCUACAUAUAUAUCAAAAUAUGAUGAGCCAAAGGGUUCCAAUGAACUAUGUUGCAUAUAUAUUAUAUAUCUCAAUAAAGUUAAUAAAAUUAAUGGA